AGCAUUUAUGCGAUCUUUACUCGGUUUUUUUUUUUUUUUUUUUAAGACCAGCUGCGAUCUUUACUCCUUUCUCGCCGCCAUAUCUCUGUUAAGUUUUCAAAUUCUGGAGCCACCGUUAAUCAACGAGUUCCGGGUUUGUCUUAUUCUUUUACUUUUUGAGCUUUUGAAUUAGCUAUACGGAUUAUGGUAAUGUCAAAAUUGCUUCUCGCUCCUCGUACUGGCGGUUCUAUUUCCCGCAAUGUUUAUGUGUUUCAUGUUAAUUUCAAGCCCUGGUCUUCAAUUUCUUCAUCUGCUUCAGUGGAUGAAUUAGAGUCGCAGUUAAGAUCACUCUUUGAAAACCCUAAUCAAUUCUCCGAGGCAGUUUCCCUCUUUCACCGUGCUGUUGAUUCUAAUUUGGUGCCUUCUGGUUCAGCAUGUAGCUUUCUCAUUGAUAACUUGAGGAGGGCGAAAUUAUAUUCCAUGGUCUUCUCGGUUUAUUCUAAGAUGAGCGUUCUCGGUGUCUUGCCGAGUUUUACAACAUUAAGUAGUUUGGUUGAUAGUUUUGUGAAUAACCAUAGGCCCAAGUUAGCAUUGGGGGUCCUGGGGAUGAUGAUCAAGCGUGGUUUUAAAUUUCGUGUGUCUAAUGUAAACCAAAUAUUGCAGGGCUUUUGUAAAAGUAAUGAUAUUGGGAAGGCUAUGGACAUUUUAAGUGAAAUGAGGAGGAAUGGUGUCCUACCGGAUAGAAUUAGUUACAAUACACUUAUUAAUGGACACUGUAAGGCAAAGAAUAUGAAAGAAGCAGUGAAUUUGUUCAUGGUAAUGCAGCAGCAGGAUUGCCCACCUGAUAUGGUGACCUUUUCCAUUUUGAUAGAUGGUUUUUGUAAAGAUGGGGCAGUGGAUGAGGCAUUGACUAUGUUGGAGGAGAUUGAGAAGAAAGGUUGGAAUGCAGAUGUAUUUAUGUAUAAUUCACUCAUCAGUGGAUUUUGUAAAAAGGGAGAACUUGAAAGGGGCAAAGAACUUUAUGAUAGUAUGUUGAGAAAGGGAAUUACUCCUGAUGCAUUCACUUAUAACUGUCUAAUUCAUAAUUUUUGCAAGAAUGGACAGGGGCAAGAAGCCUCUAAGUUGUUGAAUGAAAUGACAGGCCGGGGAAUUCAUCUUAAUGUCACUACUUAUACGUGUUUAAUGGAUGGACUUUGCAAAACUGGAAGAGCUUCUAGUGCUAUGGAACUGUUGAAUUUGAUGCAAGAAAAGGAGGAAGAGCCAGGUACUGUUACAUAUAAUGUCAUGAUAAAUGGACUUUGCAAGGAAGGUCACAUAGACGAUGCACAUCAGAUUCUGGAAAUGAUGAUCGAGAAGGGGAAGAAACGAAUAAUUACAUACAAUACAUUAUUGAUGGGACUUUGUGGUUUCGGGAAGAUUGAUGAGGCAAUGGACCUUUUCAAGCUAGUGUUGAACCAGGAAUUCCAUGUGACCCCAGAUGUAAAGACCUUUAAUCUUCUAAUCAAGGGACUUUGCAAAGAGGAACGCCUAGGCGAUGCUGUGGAGAUCCAUUCUACAAUGGUUAAAAGAGGUUUCAUAGGUAACAUAGUGACUUAUAAUAUAUUGAUGGAUGGGUUUCUAAAUUUGGGAAAAUUUGAUAAGGCCAUGGAAUUCUGGAAACGUGCAUUAGACUUGGGAUUGGUUCCAAACUCAGUGACCUACAGUGUUAUAAUCAAUGGUCUGUGCAAAAUGCAAUUACUCAGCAUGGCAAAAGGAAUUUUUAGUAAAAGAAAGGAUGCUGGGAUUAGACCAUCAAUAUACGACUACAAUGUACUCAUGAAAUCUUUAUGCAGGGAGGGUAGUUUGGAGCAGGCUAAACUCUUAUUUAAACACAUGAGAAAUGUGAACCAUGAGCCAGAUGUUGUCUCCUUCAAUACAAUAAUUAAUGGAACUCUCAAAGCAGGAGAUUAUAAAUAUGCCAAUGCAUUGGUAGUGGACAUGGUUAAAAUGGACUUAGUUCCUGAUGCUAUUACCUUUUCAAUCUUAAUAAAAGAGUUCUCCAAACGUGGGCAUUUGGAUGAAGCAAAUUCACUGCUUGAGAGGAUGAUUGCUAGUGGUCAUACACCAGAUGCCUUUGUAUAUGAUUCCUUACUGAAGGGCAAUAGCUCAGUGGAAAAUACGGAAAAAAUCAUUUACUUGCUCCAUCACAUGGCUGAUAAAGGUGUUGUUUUGGACUCAAAAUUAACUUGUACUAUCAUAACUUGCCUUUGUGAGAGCUCAAAAGAUUUUAAUAUAAUGGAGAUUCUCCCUACUUUUUCGCGGGAAACAUCUAAAGGAGCGAGUGUUACGUGUAAUGAGCUCCUAAUGAAACUGAACAAGGCUCAUCCAGAGCUUCUCCUAUUACAAACUUCAUGAUGAAUUGUACUUUCAAGAGUGCUUGUUGAUCCUAUGUUUAGCUCUGUCGUGGUGAUCUUGAAUCUUUUUGAAGAUGAUGCACGCUAUUUCUUCUCCUUAUGAGAAUGAGAUAAUUCCUUCUGCUGUUUUUGCAUUGUAUGGUGGUGGUACAGUUGAACUCACAACUUCUACUAGCUGAGAAAUGUAAAUGAAGGAUGCAUUUGAUUUUAAAUGUGAUAAUUUGUUUUAGCUUCCUUCUGCUGCAAGAGCUGCAUGCAAUGCUUAAGUAAUUAUUAUUGCUUUGGUGUGGGAGUAUUAGAUGAUUCUCUACGCAAGAUAACUUUGAAUCAAACAUAUGAUUGUUUACGAAGGAGGUUCAAAAGAUUGCUAAGUGGCUAGGUGAUCUUUAAGGUGCUUGUUUCUCAUUAGUUGUUUGUUUCACUUCGACCUGGGCAUGUUUCUUUAUUACCUCUGUCUGGGAUCCCUGUGGUUGAUAUUGACAACAUUGAGAAGCUUUGUCAGAUUUGUUGUGGAUAUGGGACUUGCGAUUUUCAGACUAUCCAUUUGGUUGGUAGAGAGGAUUGUUGUAAGUCUUAAAAGGAUGGAGGCUGCUGUCCUAAUAAUGCGGUGUCAAAGUCAAAUAAUAUUACUCAACCAGUUUAAGUGGCCAUGGCAAUUUUCUUCAGAACCUAAUUCUCUGGGGCUAAAGUUUGCUGGUAACGAUUAUAGGCUGGCCGAUGUUAUUAGGAUAUUGUAUUGGGAAGAACUUCUAAAAGUACAAACAGUCCUCGGAAUAUAUAAAUAUGUUCCAGCGCUAGAAUUGGAAUUAAUUCUGCCUCCAAAACUGGCUAUGAACUGAAAUUGAUUCUCCUUGAUAAAGUGCCUAAAAGCAGAUUGACUGUCCUAUCUUUAUGUACAAAAUAUACAAGUUAACUAAAUUAAUUAUGGCAUUUCCAAGGUGGAAAAAUUAGUUUCGGUCACUUUUCUCACGGUAUUUAAUACGCCAACUGUUUUUGAUGUUGUUCUCUUGAAAGGUGAGGCAUCCCUCUAAGAUCUGGACUUUUAUUUGUAAAGCGUUGCCCAAUAGGAUUAAUAUAAAUGACGUGUCACAUUUUUGUAGGACUCAAAUGGCUGUUUCCUCUGAAGGUGUGUACUGAGAUUUUGCAGUUCGGAGACAACAGUAACAUUUUCUGACAUUCGAGCUCUUCACAGGAAAGGGAGAUUCAGACGCUCACGCACACGCGCGCGCACAGACAUGUUAAUAGCUAGCUAUCCCAGUAGCAACACUAUCUUCCAUGCUUGGUAGAGGUUGUAACUUUGGUGUACACUGGGCAGCUAUUGACAAAGAAGAAUUGUGUUUGGGCCAUAUCUGUUAUGCUAUUCUGCAAUUCUGGUACUAUACCAUCAUUGGUUGUUUUUUUUUUUAAUUGAAAAUUUCCUUUUUUUUUUUGGCUCUUCCAUCCUUUACGACCACUACUAUCACCUGCUUAAUUUGAUUUGAUGAACAUUACAAUUUAGUUUUAGGAACAUACUCAAAUAAAAAUAUUGAGUUAAAAUACUGAUGGGAAGAAUAAGAAAAAAAAAAAUAAAGAUAUUGAAGAUUUGAGAAGAUUGAAAGAUCAAAUAUAUUUUAUUAAUUAAGAACAUUUUGUUUCAAUUGUCAUAAUAUUUGAAUUAUUGUUGUCUUUAAAUAUUUAUUGCUAUCUUUUCAUUCAAUUUCAAUAUUUUUAGAAUUUCUUGCAUUUAUUUUUAAGGUUAAGGUUGAGGCAUGCUUUAGCUCAUUUGAUUUGUACACACAUUUGAUUAAAUAAGAAUUAUUAUUAUAUUGCCUUUGCUAUGAGUUUUCUCUUCUCUCUGUUCUCUCUAUUGAUCCCUUUCUUUCUUUUCUAUAUUCACUCCUUCUAUUCCUUCCCCAUUCUGCAUCAAUUGCUAUUAGAGCCAAAGUUCCCACCACUCUACUUCUAUUAUCAAACUUCUUCUUAGUACCAAUAAUCAUUAUACGAAAAGGCUUUGAAAGAUAAGUUUAUAACUUAAGACUCCUUAAGUUACUCGGUAAAGUCCUAAAUCUUAAGUCCCUUGCUAUUUGUCUUCUUUCCUUAUUCCAUUUGUCUAUUAUUCUUUUUUGUUUUCACUUUCCUUUACUUUAAACCAUUCUACUAUAUUUUCUUCCUUUUGAUAUUAUUUUGUUUUUCAUAUUUUGUUUCCUUCCUUUAUUUAUUCCAUUUUUCCUUUCCUUCAUUCACUCCUUUGAUUUGAUCCUUAAAAAAAUUCACCUUAUAAAUAGUUAUCUAUCCUAGGUUAAUUGAAGUUUCUAUUGGUUUUCCUGAGGGGUUUUCAAGUCCCCUAAGGUCGCUGUGAAGACUUUGCUUAAAUUGUUACUUAUUUAAUAUGUUUGAUCCUUGAGGAACUUUUGAGUUCUCGAAGGGUUAGAAUUGUUGAAUAGGGUCUUCAUCUUUUAGGUGAGGGUAACUUGGGAACCUUUGUCUCAAAUAGGAUAUUUGAGCCUCCCAAUAAAAAAAAAAAAAAUCUCACCUUCCAUUUCCUACAAUCACAAAAAAAAAAAAAUCACCUUCAAUCAUGAUAUUAUGGCCUCACUUAAUUAAGUCGAUAUGAUUAUAUUAACUAUCAUCAAUAUAAUUAUCAUUGUCAAUAUGAUUAUGUUGAUUUUCACUACUAUGAUUAUGCCAAUUAUGAUUAAUGUUACUAUCAAUAUGAUUUGGUGGAUCAACCAGACUUGAAUUUCAUAUGUUCACGUUUUGAACUUGUGAAAGAUAAAAUUGAUGAACUCCAAAGCUCCAUUCGAUCCACAUUAAAAGAAGGGCAUUUGCUAUCAAGUUGAGAAAGAGAAGUUAUAUCAAAAGAAAAUUAUUCCUAAUCCUUUUGAUAGUAUCUUAAAACAUAGAGACCCUAAUAUUUUGACUUCUGAAGGAGAUAAUAUGUAUAACCAAGACCAUAUGUACCUAUAUUAGUGGUGCUAGAGAGUAAUAUCACUGUUGAUUUUGAGAUUGAGGCAUGUGAUGACAUAAAAAUUAAAGUUUGGUUGAAUCAUAUUGAAACUUUUACUCUUACCCUAGAUAUAAGGAUUGUUGACAUUCAAGAGGCAACUCUCAACCAAGAAGAAGAGAAAUUAUGGAAGAAAAUUUUACACAUGGUAGCUAAGAAUUUUGAGGCAAUUAAUGAUGGUAUCCAAUUUCAACCGGCUCUUGCUCUGCCUAAUUCGUCUCCUAUGCCCUUUAGUACUGAUGUUAUUGCAAAUAUGGAAGCACAUACUGUUCUUGAACCAUAUGAUCCUGUCCAAUAUUAUUUUAUAAACUGGAAAGGAUUUUCAGAUUUGCAUGUUGUGUUCCUAUAUGCUCAGAUUGUUCGCUAUUCUCUUGAUGCCAUUUAUUGGUAUCUAAUUUGCUGAAAAGGGUUUCUGCAUGAAGACACAACUUGAAAUCUCUUGAUCUCAUCAUACUCCCAGAGAAUAUCUACAAUUUUACUCUUCGGAGGAGAGUUCUUCAAGCAGGGGAGAAAUGAUGGGAAGAUUAAGAAAAAGAAAUAAUUAAAGUUAUUGAAGAUUUGAGAAGAUUGAAAGAUCAAAUAUAUUUUAUUAAGAUAUUUUAUUAAUUAGGAAUAUUUUGUUUCAAUUGUUGUAAUAUGUGAAUUAUUGUUAUCUUUAAAUAUUUAUUGUUAUCUUUUCAUUCAA